AUGGACCCACAGGAGACCAAAGAGCUCGAAAAACAAGUUCAAGAGCUUAUGAGUAAGGGUUACAUUCGAGAGAGUCUUAGUCCAUGCAUAGUUCCAGUACUCUUAGUGCCAAAGAAAGAUGGAACUUGGCGUAUGUGUGUCGAUUGUCGAGCGGUCAACAACAUUAUCGUUAAAUAUCGGCACCCAAUCCCUAGACUCGAUGACAUGCUUGAUGAGUUGAGCGGAGCCACGAUCUUUUCAAAGAUCAACCUUAGUGGCUACCAACAAGUGAGAAUGAAAGAAGGUGACGAGUGGAAAACCGCCUUCAGAACCAAACAUGGUCUUUACGAGUGGUUGGUUAUGCCUUUCGGGUUGACCAAUGCCCCGAGUACAUUCAUGCGCCUCAUGAACCAGGUUUUGAGAACCUUCAUAGGGAAGUUUGUCGUGGUUUAUUUUGACGAUAUUCUUGUGUAUAGUCGGACCACCGAGGACCAUUUUUCGCACCUAGAGCAAGUCUUGACCACUUUGAGGAAAGAAAGCCUUCAGUGA